AUGUCCAAGCGGAAGAAGAAGUCUGGCUGGUUUAUGCCCCAAGAUGGCUGUUUCCAGCCUUACAUCCACGAGAAAACACUGGUGCUUCCUCACCAGGAGAUGUGCUUUUCAAGGUACUACCGGGCACUGACGGUGUUUGAUCAGAAUGGUCGCCUGCAAUAUGUGAAUGUUGCCAUGUGUAACCAUGAAAGUGAAGUGCAAACUUUACUACAAUUGGGGCUGUGGGGGGCAACACCCACAAAGCCACAGACGGCAUUUUCAGUUUCACUGCUGGAGUGGCUAGUUUGGCUCAGCAAAGAGGACCAAGUGUCCACAGAAGCAUUCUGUAGAACAGUGAGAUGGAAGAACAAUUUGACACGCAAAGAGUUUAACACUCUCUAUCGGGCACUUACUGGAGAAUGUAUUUCCGAGUUUCGGCACUUAAAGCACAGGCUUGAAAGAAUGAAAGACGUGAGUGAUGGUAUCAUCUGCCCUGCUUGUCCGAAGAAUGAUGGGGAACAGUAUAUCGCUAUUGAUGCCAACUUCAGCCUGGUGAGAAAGGAAAGCUUGGGUGUCAGCUCAGGACCUCCUUUACACGGGGAAUCAGUGUUCCUUGAUGAUGGAGCAUUAGUAGAGUUCCUGAACAACUACUACGAUAAAGAGACGCCGCCUGAUGUAAGAUCCUGUCGUACUUACUACUACAUGCUGUCUCCUAAGAGAAAGAAGGCGUCCACCAUCUCCGUAACUACGGCAUAA